UGAAAAGGGCCAGUACACACCCUCGCCGCCUCAAACAGCCAGACGCACCGGAGCACAGGCGCUUCUGGGCAUACAGCGAACACAGAGCAGAGCAGCGAUCAGUAAUCCAACAAUCAGCCAAACUGGUGGAACUGUUGAAGUCUUAGCUGCAGCCCACUGAUGUGUUUCAGUGGAAGUCAGACCAUCCGCCGCAUGAAAUAGGAAUCUUCAUUCUCACAUAUGGCUUUCCUCAAAAGCAGAAGAAUGAAAUCGAUCAUUUUACUUUCAGAGACCGUGUCUGGCUUUAAUGCCUGAGAAAUAACACGGGACACCAGAUGAAAGCAGCCCUAAUUGAAUGCUUUUGAACACUGAAUACAAACCAGCCUCUGCAGUGACCUUUCCAGUAUGAAAUGCUAUUCCUCACACGCACCCAAAAGCAGGAAGCCGCUCAUAUACACAGCUUCCCUGCAAGCCACUCAAGAGUUAUGAUCUGUGAGAUAAAGGGCAGAUCCCUUUUCUCCAAAAGAAAAGUCAUCUGCGAGUUGAAGAUUGGGGUGCAGGCGAAAAACUUGUUUUUGUGACUAAAAUAGAAGAGAAGGAAGAGCAACAUCUGGGAAAGAAAAAAAAAGGAGUAUUAGUGAGAUGUGAGUAGAGAAGCUUGGACUCUUUCUCAGCCCUUCGCGCCAGAAUUUUAACACAGCACAACAAUCUUGUGCAAUUUUCGUGGCAUUUAUCCAUGGGAGCUCAUCCAAUGCUCAUCGAAGCUGACCCUCCUGGGAGGUCCCAUUAGAUGCAGGAUAAUACUUCAUGAAGACCAAAGCAAGAACACGCUUCUUCCGUCAAAUUUCGGCUGUCUGCAGGACAACAUUUGGAAGAAUUAUUGCUGAAAGGGGAGCCGUGACCGGAAACAGAAACUGGGAAAACUGAGCUACUACCUUUCCCUCAUCUUCUGCGUGGGUGUUUUCUUUCAGCUAAUUCACUGUUUGCCAGUAAGGAGUAAAACUUCAUCUUUCACCAGUUGCUUCAUCCUAUCGGGAGAGGAGGCUGAGCCGAGCGGGACAAAGCACUAGCGUUUCUCCCUCCCGCGUUGAGGGCUUGUUCCUGCUGCGACAGACGGCGAUGGAGAUGGAGAAGGGACAUACGUCUAUCAGGAGAGGGGUGAGCUGGAGCCCGGGGGGCUUGAGAAAACCUCUCCAGUUAACUCAAGACGUGCAGACCCGUGGGACAGACUACAAUGCGUCAUGGGAGAAGACAGGAUUCAACAAAGAACACAUGAGCCGGAAAACAAAUCUGACCAGGAGUGCCAGUUUGUCAGAGAAGGAGCUAAAGGAGGCUCGCGUCAAGAGUCAGAUCAUUGCUGCUCAGCUCACCGUCCCUUCCAACUCCAAGUCCAGGGGUGUUCAGCUCUUUAAUCGGCGUAAGCAGAGAGUCAACGCCUUCACACUUGAGAGCUGUGGAGAAAGGUCAGAGGAGGACAGAGCUGAGAAUGUGAAAACGAACCCCCCAUCCAACAAACUGACAUGGGCAGAGAGGAGCAGUGAGGAAAAGGACAGAGACCUAAACUUAAAGAACACGGCUGCUGACAAGUCGGUCUUCUCGACACCUGCAAGAGUACGCUCAGUGGGCGAUAUCAUGGAUGAGCCGGCUAAGGAUUUCCACAAAGAAGAAGACACUGAUGACCAUGUUGUACAAGAGAGACACUUCCUCCCUGUCAAGGAGGAGCAAGAGGAAGAGGCACGACAUCAAUUUCACGAGGAUCUAGAGGAUGAGGCCGAGCGUGAGACUCCGCCAGGGAGUAAAACCACUGAUGUGAUAGUGUCAGUACAUGCUGAAGGAGAAGCAGAGAUAAAUGGGAGGCAAACAGGGCCAGAUCCUGCUGGAAAGCUUCCUAAUGGCUGUCAUGGCGCCUCUGGUCCUGAGAAGGUGUCUGUGCCCACAUCUAAGCAUGCAAACUCCUUCAUCAAUAGAACUGCCAGACCUUUCUUUUCUCCGCCCAUGGUGCAGUCUCCGGAGACCGUCAGGCCUGUCAUGGACAUCCCCCCUCCUCCUUCCUACUCGACACCUCCUCUCCCUGCUUUUACUGUCCCCCAGCCUGUGGUGGCCUCACCUCCCCCUCCACCUCCGUCAUAUCCCACACCACCUCUACCUGCUUUUACAAACCAGCCCCCACAGACUUACUACUCCAGUCCACCUCCAAUGUCUCCGGUCAUGUCUCCUUCUUCUCCUCCACCAUCCCAUUUCUCUGCUUCCCAGUAUUCACAAUUGCCCCAUUAUGGCCCCCCCACAGCCCCGAAACCCUCCACUUUUGUUCCUAAGCCAUCAGGGGAGAGGAAGAUGACAACACCAAUCAAAACAGGAAUACUUGAGGAGGGUGCUGCCAGGAGGGCAAAUAAAAAGUCAAUGUUCACAUUCAAAGAGAAACCGGUGGUCGCUCCAAACCCCGAGCUACUUUCUCUAGUGCAAGGGGCGGAUGAAAGAAAGAAGCAUGGACACAAAUCUGUCCCUGAGCCAGGAUCUGAAGAAGAGUUACUGGCUCUGGGUGCAGAAGCCUCCAACUUCCUCGCCAAGGAAGAGGACAGGACAGAGGGAGCAAGAGCUCCAGAAUGGGCCUCUUGUCUCAAGAGCUCAAGGACCCGACCGAGGGCAGAGCACCAACCGGAGCAGUCGCUUACAAAUGUGUCCGGAAAAGGUGCUCAACUGUUUGCUAAGCGUCAGUCCAGGAUGGAAAAAUAUGUGGUUGAGAAUCAGAACGCAGGCCAAAUUAGAUCUCCUUCUCCUACAAUGUCUCUGCCACCAUCUUGGGUUUACCCAUCAAACAUGCCUGGUAGGGUCAAAGCUAUCGCUAAAAACUCUGACAUGUGUGCUCAACUUUCACAAAAUCUCAAGGCGCAACAAGCAGUCAAGCAGAAACCAAUGAAAAAACCUCCACCACCAGAGCCAGUUCCAGAGCCGCCGCCUUUGGAAAAUGGUUGCUCCAAGAUAGAGAUGGAUCUGUCGAGGCACCGGCCAUACCAGCUUAACUCUUCUCUCUUCAUCAUUAACCCAGUCAAGGACCCCAUCAGUACCCUACCCAAAGGAGCACCACAGGCCAGGAACCAGCUCGCCACUCCAACUUUCUCCAGACAGACUUCACUCCCUAACAAUCCUCCCUUUAACUUCAGUGCCCAGUGCAUGUCUCCUCAAAUACCUCUCAGCCCUACAGGUGGACCAGAUUAUCCUUCAAAUCCGACAUCUGGUCAUCCGAGGAUCAGCUCUCCGAUGUCUGCUUUUUCUCCAGACAGGGUGUCCUCUCCCCGGUCAUCAGUACAGGCACCAAGGCCCACAUUUUCUGCCAAAAAGGCAGGGAUUGCACCGCAGACACCAAAGGAGUCCACUCCUGCUGAAGUUCCCAGUGAGACAUCUACACCAACCAGGACACGUAACCUCACAGGCAACCCGGGCAGCCCAGCUACUGGAAGCUGGACUUCUAGCCUCCAAACAAGCCCACCACCCCUCACAAGCUCCAUCCGUUCAGUCACGUCCCCUGUAUCGUUUCGUAAUAAUUCAAGAUGCCAAUCGCCUAUGAGCACUCAGAAUAUCCUGUUUUCUACAGUUACCUCCACCUCCACAUCCAGACCCUCACAAACAUCUACAGCCACCUUUCCACGCUCUCCUCCUUGGGGUUCAAGAUGUCAGUCCCCAGUGGUCAGCCAGUCCGCUAUCAUUUCCCCAAUUCCUGCUUCCCAAACUUCUACAUCUCCUUCUCCCCUUUCUCCUCCUUGGGGUGUAAGGUGCCAAUCCCCAACGACCCAGAACAACAAGCCCUCCACUGGUUUCUCAUUUUCUUCAUCUAAACCUCCCCAAUCAUCUACAGCGACUUCACCACACACACCUCCCUGGGGAUCUAGAUGCCAAUCCCCAGUGGUGAAUACCCAGCCUUACACUAGCUCCUCAGUUCCUACGUCCAGACCUUCCAAAACAAAUGUAUCCACCCCUCCUUGGGGAUCAAGAUGCCAAUCACCAUUAGUAAGCCAAAAGGUCCAGUCCUCUAGCUUCUUAGUUUCCACAUCCAGACCAUCCCAGCCAUCUACAGUCACAUCUCCUGUGUCUCCUCCAUGGGGCUCACGUUCUCAGUCUCCUUCACACUUUCAAACCAGUUUCUCUCUCUCUACCACUAAACCUCUGUACACAUCUUCCGUCACCUCUCCUGUUUCCUUGACCAAAGACAGUCGCUGCAUGUCUCCCACAGUUAACAACUUGGACUCUAAAGCCAACCAUCGCCUGCUGGCCAAAAAUAUCAUCAAUGCAGCCAAACGUAAAAACAGCCCUUCUCCUGGUGCACUAAGCGGUCACAGUCUUCCCAUCUCAUCACUGAGCUACGACGGUCAGAAACCACCCGUCAACCUCUUCCAGUCACGGUCACUGGGGGCACAGUCCCCUACUUUCACCAGCCCUCCCCCAACUCCAACUCAGAGAAUCUGUUCUCCUGUGCGUCUCUACAACACUCGCUCCCUGACCGACUCCGACGCAUCUGUUGAAUCCGAAGACUCAGGCCUCCGCUCGCCCGGCCUCCACUCCUACAACACUUGUCCCCGCGGCUGGGGCGGCAGCCUGAGGGUGAAACGAAGUACCAUCUCCACUGACCUGUGAGGGCGUUAUUGAGUGUCGGCAAAAGCACAGUUUCUGAUUUCAUAGAGUUUUGUGGAAGUAGAUGACCAAGUAACCGAGUUUCUAGAGACAUUUCAUCAGACUAAUGUUAGAUAAGUACUACAUAAGUAACUUUGAUUGCAAAUCCUAUAAUGGUAUAUGUUGUAUCGAGGUAGUUUAUAGUAUUUCAUAUGGCUCACAUUCGUAGUAUGGCCUGACAAGAACAAGCUUUUUACACAACACAGUUGCUGUGGCUUGUAUGCUUCUUACAUGCCAAAAAAAGGGCAAAAGACUCAAAAUAACCAAAGAUUUUUCAAUACAUAUUAUACUUUCACAACAAACAUACAGAAUCUUCACUGUCGAUACUGUGUUUGAAAAGCGUUUGAAGAAAAAGUAUCAGUUUUAAACAUCAUUAAUGAACUAUUGUUAUGAUGCAAGUAGAAAAUUGGGGUUGAGACCUAAAAAUGUUGAAGGAAAUGAGUAACAUGUAAAUAUACCCCUCAAGUGAGUUUAAACUGCUUUCGAUGAGGCAUUCUCAUAGUACUGCGUUAGGAAAGGACCAAGCAGUAAAUUGAUAAAAUGAUUUAGACAGCACUGAUUAUGAUGGGUUCCCUUCCCUUUUCCACAACAAAAACACAGCAGUAUUUAGGUAGCACACACUCAUUUAUUACCAGCUGUAACCACUGCAAAGUAAGUAAAAUGCAUAAAUAUCACAGUGCAAUAAUGAGUUUAGCAAAGCGUAUAGAUGUUGCUCUGAUUUGCUGAAAUGAAUGUAAGCUUUAUAGACAGACUGACGAAGAAUGACAGAAAAAAAGGGAAUGUUAAAUACAGAGACUUACGUGGAGGUAAGACAGGGCAUUGAUACAACUGUUCAAUCAAACACUGUUUCCGAGUUCCAAGAAAGAUGUCAAAAUUGUUGUAUUUUUUGUUUCUUUUGCUGUUGUCGACAGAAAAACGGUUGAUUAAGGUUUGAGACAAGGAAUGGAUUAAAAUUUAUAUAUUUCACUGAGAGCCUGUUCGAGAGGAGUUCAGAAGUAAAAGUGGAUGUCACACAAGUGUGUGCUUUUAUGGAGAGGAGGGAAAAAAGAUUUUGAAGAAUGUUGUACGUUGUAAAGUGAUUGUCAGAAGAUGAUUGGAGGACCAGUAUGUAUUUGAAAUGCAUAUAAAAAAUCAAAUGUAUGUUCUCGUUCAUUUUUAUUGUUUCUCUUCAUACUUGAUUUGCACUUCUUUUCAUUCCAUUUCAGCGGCUAAGAAGGGGUUGUUCAAAAACUUGAUUGCUUUGAGAAGUGUCACUCAAAAUGUUACCUUCAAACACUUCUAUACUGUAAAAAAAUAAAAGUCCACAGCUGGAGAAUGCAAUAUGCUGACACGAUGAUGGUGGCACUUAGCCGCAAACAUAACUGCUGCCAGAACGAUGUUAUGUUUCAAGCGUGGAGCCAUAUUACACCACCUUCUCAAGUCGUUUGCUAGCACAACAGAUCAUUCCUUCAUUCCCUGACACGCAGGCCAAAAGCAUCAGCACAUUUCUAAAUAUUUACCCUGUUUGUCUUUUGAGUGACGGGGACUCCUGCUACACAGUGACCCGGCCCCUUCAGCAGGAUUAGGCCUAUCACUGUCACGGCUUGAGUUCAACCUGGGUCACCACUAGGUGGACUGCAGAAGUUCUCAGACUUUAACAAGAAUUGUUAUAGUUUUGAAUUUGAAAGCAGGUUUUUUUUUGGAGUG